CGGGAAAAAUUAUGAGAACCCUGCAGACGAGGAGACGAGCAGUUGUCCAGUCGAACCGCGACUACCGAGCAGCGUAGAUAUUUUGUGCACUUCGUCUUUGAGCAUUUUACGGAUAAAGGACAAACGAGACGAACGAAGUGAAAAAUAUCGGGUUGCAUUCGACAUGAUAUCGUAUCGGCAGAUGAAAGAUUUUGGUGCGAGAACUGUACGCUGUGCGAGAUUCAAUCUUUGCCGUACUCGUACCGAAAUUCUGGGUGCACGCGCGUAAACGUAUGUAAACAGCAACUUCGACCAAAGCCGAAGGAGGACACGCGAUUCGUUGAUGCGUAUCCACGCACGCGUACACCAUACCGUAUUCUUCGCUACACGCCAUACGCCAUAUGUACUACAUACGCCAUACGCUAUACGCCAUACGCGACUAACGCGACGGGCAUCCUAUUCGUACUGUAACGAUCGUGGCGUUUGCUCCGCGCGAUGCAUCGCUGUAAACCAACCGCCAGCGAAAAUUCCCAACACCAGGAUCAAUCGUCUCGAUCGCCGUUCGAUCGUGCGUUUAUCUGCACGAUUCGAUUACGAAUGCACUCUGGAUUUUAAAAUUCGCGUUUAUCGACUCGAAAAUACAUAGUCGAAAAUGCAACGUAGAAAAUAAGUGCAUACGCGAGUGUGCAACGUUAACAAAUCCAUAGCUCGCCGCUACGCAGUGCCGUUUACAGUGUAGGUAUACCAGUAUUGAAACGUAUCCUGCGUGGAAGAGAAACGGCUUACGAGAAAAAGAGAAUCGAGAAAGUGGAACCGCAUUUUAUUGGAUUUUUUCAUCAUCGUAGGAUCGAACUGUGCGAGCUGUGCGCCGUGUAAAUGCAUGCAUCGCGUUGCGUUUAGCAACACGUCGUGGGCCCGAAGGCUCUGUCUAACGAGUAACAGUACUUCCUCGCGGAGUGCUCUUCUCUCCGAAGAACGGGACCCACGCUCCACUCCGCAUCCACGAGUCCGUUCUCCGCUCUCCACGCUCCAUACUUUCCUCCUCGUAUCUCGCUCUUUCUUUCUCUCUCCUUCCCUCUUUCCCUCAUCCAACCUGCUUACUCUUUUCCUCUGUACCGCUUCCAUCUCCUUUCGUCGCAUACGAAGUAGUCUGGCCGGUCGAGCACGGGGUGUCUCGUGAUUCGUGAAACCAGUCCUCGUUCUCGUACGGCAGACCUCUGUCUCUCGGUUGGGACCUGACCAAGAGAGGAGGUUGCCCGGUUUCCUUCUCGCUUUUACCGCGAACCGGCGUCUUUCGCACCUGCCGCGUGUCUUCUCUAAUUUUUUUUUUGUGUUUUCGUUUACCGUUGUGUCGUCGUCCUCCCGUAACAUUUUCCGGAAACGAUAGAUUUUUGCGAAGAAAUCGUUUUCAACGUAACGUGAACUCGCCGGUAUUCCUACGUCGCGCAAGUCAAUAUUGGCUGUAACGAGGACGCAACGUGGUCACCUGUUAAGAGCUGUGGUUUCACGUUGAACGCGAUACUUGAAGAUUCCAGAUACAGUGCAAUUAAAGAAAGAAGAUUGAAAAAGAGAAGGACAACAAGAAACGGAAGAGCAAAAGAAACAGAGUACGAAAAACCAAUUUCAUACUUCACGGCAGGAAAAAAACGAGUGGAAUAUUUAAUAGCAUCGUUGCACCGUGGGAAACUCGUCGCAACUUGCAACUUCUUUCGUGCACGUGAUGCUCGCAUCGGAAGACGAGACGUUUUAUUUCUUCGGUUUUAACUUCUGGAGGACAUUUAAUAUCGUGCUAAACGGAAAUUCGAAGUACGAGGAGUGCAACGAUAGAAAACGCUGAAGAUACGGAGAACAAAGUGGAUCGAUCAAAAUCACACCAUGACAAUCACCGCUACGCGAAUCGGGGCAUAACUUAAUUAAACCUUCUACCUAAUAUAUUACGGAAUAAAAUGACAGAAGUAAUUGUACGCUUCGAGCAUCCAGAAGAAGUCGCCUAUCGUGGCGGAGGCCAAGACCCGGUCGUUCCGAAGUUUUAGGCUCGUUGAAAGGAAGGUUACGAGGCUCUCUCCGCGAACUCGACCUAACCGCUUCGAGCGUCUUGGUCGAGAGUUCCACUAAUCUAUUUCGAGUGCCUCUUACCGCUUACCGCCGCAUACUGCGUGCGCGUGCACCGGUAAAUGCGUGUAAGUACGCAGCUACGUACACGAGACGACUUACCGUAUGCCGCGUGCCACAAGAGAAUAACUUAUAUACACGUAUACACCUUUUUAUUAUACCACCUCGUGCAAUUCGUGGGACGUAUCGCAGUGGACAUACAGCAGAAUCGGCGGACAACACCGCGAGUCAUCGAUCCUGUUAUUGUUUCGUUCCGUUGGAAUUCGGAAUCGUACGAACCCGUUCCACUACCCUGCUUUUACCAUAUUUGCUUCGAACGCAGCAGCAACAGCAGCAGCGGUACCGAUUCAAUUUAUUCGACGUCGUUUCGAGUCAAAACGAUCUACGAUCUACUGCGUGCUUGCGUGGCUGUGCGUGAAGCGAUUAAUCAAAUUGGAAUCGUAAAAUUUAAAAGCAAGUAACGGUUCGAGUCAGUGUGAGUGCUCGUUCCGAGUGAGCGUCUUGUUUCUUUUUUCUCAGUUUCGCUCUAAUCCCGACUGAUCCGCGUACCGGUACGCCGAAACGAAUCAAUGGCUCGAAGCUGAAAAUCGCCUUGAACAAUUCACGGAACGCGAAGACCAUCAGAAAUGAAAACCACGCAACGUGCGCUGAGCUUCGACGAGACGUCGAUGGACAGUUGCUCGUUAAUUACGACGCCGGUGAUGAUCACCGAGGCGAGGGAUAACGACUUAUCGAAGGAUAGUAAUGAGACGGAUGUGACGUCUCUGGAGGAGGCCAAAACGGUAAUAGCUGCGCUACGAGCGAGACAACGGGCACAAGCACACCAGAUGCUCGUUUGGCGAAGGACUCUCAAGUUGCAGGAGGAUCUCGUGGCACGGCUAACAAGAGAGAAGGCGGAGCAACUCCGAACGCUGUCUUCGCAACUUUUGCUGUUCGAGUCGAGGCUUUGUCGCAAACAGAAGGAAAUCGAGGCUAGUCUGGCGCAACGAGAGUCCAUUAUUCUUCGACAGCAAAGAGUGAUUCGGCAGUUGCAGAACAGGUUGGCGGAGAGGAGCUCAGGCACGAGGGACUCGCCACCCUGCGACGCCCUCGAUAGAUUGGACAACCUCGGCGACAGCGACAGUGCCGUCGUACUCGAAGAAGCCGUCGACGAUUCCGUCGACGAUUUAGCACCUCCUAGAUUCCGUUCUAACAUCAGUGAUGUGACUGUGAUCCGUUCGGUAUCGGACGCAGUGGAACCAUCGAACAAGUACUCGUCGAUGCGACGAUGCAACGGAUAUCUGCGGAGGCCAGAAAUUCUAGAGACCGUUUACUCGGUAGAGGAAGACGGAGAUAACGAGAAUAAUCAGGAUCCAUCAGAGUCGACCGAGAAUUCCGAAUGCGACGACAGGCGAGGGAAAAGUUUGGGUAACGGGAAAGGUAGACUUCAGGAUUUGUACGGCAGUUUCGAGAGAUUGGCUCAAGAAACGGAUUCUCCUCCUAACGAAAGACCGAGAGACGAAAGUCAACAGGCGCAGGUCACGUAUAACAGGGUAAUGAGCAAUCACCGAUCAGUCACGAAACCAAAAGACGUCAAGUAUAAGAGGAUAAACAAAGCGAAAUCGAAAAGUUUGGAGGAGUUAAGAGGACGAUUGAGAAACUGGGUCGAAAAAGGAAACAAAAUCGCUAUAUCGUUGGAUCAAUCGUACGCCUAAACCUGUACCUCCUCUGCAAGUGCUAUUUGUAUUCGCGUAAAAAAAUUAUCGACGACGGCAAUCGAAAUCGAUCGAUCGCUGCCCGAUACAAGUAUCCAUACAUACAUACAUGUGUAUGUAUGUAUAAAUGAUUGAAAUUCUCAUCGCUCCAUGUGAUAUUUACUGUGUAGUGUUUCGAGAAUCAAUUAAAAACUUUGCGUGUCGCGGAACGAUGUCGCGUUGCCUGUAAACGAUUUUCAAAACUUGUGAUAUAUAACGUAUGUAUAUAUUUUAAUAGGACCACGUUGUCUAGUGAUAAUUAUACUACGAUGUCGCGCGAUGCAAUCGUGACAAGGCCGAUAGAAGGAGAAUGAAGAAGCGGGAUAAUCGAUCGAAUCGACAAUCCAUUGCUACCCGUGUGCGUAUGCGACUGUACACGUUGUUGUAGUGUAUCUUAUGAAAAGUGUUUCGGAAAUACCGUUUCUCUUCUUUCGUUUUUUUCUUUUUCUCUAAUGUCUUUCCCUUUUUAUUACCACUUCCACAAAAAACUCGCGGUCUGUCGAUAUGAACGUUUCGAUACGUAUGAACGCGAACCGUUUUUAGUUUUUAACUCGAAUCUUUUCGUCAAUUACAAAUGCUCAUGCCACGACGAUCAACAUGAUAAAUCGUUUAAUCAAGAACGAUAUUGACAGAAACUAAGUCGAUCGCUAUACCUUUCUUCGAGAGAAAUAAUGUAAGUGCGAUCGCGUCGUAUAGAAUAUUUAUGCUCCGACAUAAUAUAGCUCUCCGUAAUAUUAGUAAUAAUAAUAAUACAUUAUUCAUGGACAGAAGCCCAUUGUAACAUACAAUGAAAGUAAAAUGUAAAGUAAGAAUAAAGAAAAGAAAAACAAGGGAAAGAAGAAAUAAAAAUGAAACAUAUAUAAAAUU